AUGGGACUCUACGACAGCUACGACGACACGACCCGCGCCAAUGAACAUGUACCGCCGUUGAACGAGCCGUUCCCUUACGGCGAACUGCCUAUCCGCGGCGUCAAUGUGGGUGGCUGGCUCCUAAUCGAGCCGUUCAUCACCCCAUCGUUCUUCAAGAAGUACGCGGCAAGCCGGGGAGUCGUCGAUGAGUACACGCUCAGCAAGGAGCUUGGGGCGACGGACGCGAAGCAGACGAUCGAGACCCACUACAGGGACUUUGUGAACGAGGACACCUUCAAGGAAAUCCGUGACGCGGGGCUGGAUCACGUUCGCAUUCCGUUCGGAUACUGGGCUAUCGAGGUUUUUGACGACGACGCGUUCCUGCCGAAGGUAUCGUGGAGAUACCUCCUGCGCGCGAUCGAGUGGGCACGGAAGUAUGGGCUCAGAGUGAAGCUCGACCUGCAUAGUGUGCCGGGAGGAGCGAACGGUUGGAAUCACAGCGGCAGACUCGGACGGAUGGAGUGGCUCAACGGUGAUCGAGGCGAGGAGUUUGGAAAUCGAACACUCAAGAUCCACACGCAGCUCGCGACGUUUUUCUCGCAGCCACGCUACAAGAACAUCGUCACCAUGUACGGCCUCGUCAACGAGCCGCGGAUGAUCCUCCUCGACGCAGAUAAAGUGAUCGCGUGGACCGAGGAAGCGUACAAGGUGGUGCGCGACAAUGGCUACGAGGGGAAGAUCAUCUUCGGUGAUGGAUUCCGAGGGUUGGGCACUUGGAAGGGCGAGUUCACGGGGCUCGACGGCAUGGUGCUCGACGUCCACCAAUAUGUCAUCUUCAACACGGCGCAAUUAUCCCUCACCCAUAGCAAGAAGAUUUCCUUCGCGUGCAAGGACUGGGGCAACCAGAUGGAUGCAAGCAUGGAUACCUCCUCCGGGUUCGGUCCGACUAUCGUCGGUGAAUGGGGUCAGGCCGAUACGGAUUGCACAGAGUACCUCAAUAAUGUCGGUGUUGGCUCUCGCUGGGAGGGAAAAUUGGAUGUGGAUGCCAAAGCCGAGCAGAUCCUCAGUCCUCAGUGCUCGACCGGCAAGAACUGCAGUUGCACGAUGCCUAACGGAGAUCCUGACAACUACACGGACGAGUAUAGACAAUUCCUCUUGAUGUUCGCGGAGGCCCAAAUGAAUGCGUUCGAGCGCGGAUGGGGCUGGAUGUACUGGACCUGGGACACCGAGAGCUCGCCGCAGUGGUCCUACAAGAAGAGUAUCGCGGCAAAGAUCAUGCCGCAAAAGGCGUACGAGCGCGACUUCAACUGCGACACUGACGUGCCCGACUUUGGUGUGCUGGGCCUGGCAGAGACCAAUUGA